AUGUAUACCAUCAAGGCCCAAAACCAGACAAGGGUGUUUGACAACGUCCAAAGACUUGCCAAAGCAUUUGUAGACCUUUAUGCUGCUGGGAACCCACUCUUUAGGUGUUGGGAAGCUAGGAUUUUUUGCAAAACUCAGAGUGACCCAUGCAUCAUUAUGGAAAUCAACUUUUGCAAGACCCUGUAUCACAUACCUGUACAUGGAAGUCUCAUUGAACAGCUGACAUCACUGUCCAAGAAGUUGGAGUUUUUUCUCUGUGAUUGGCAAAGGUUUAUGGACAAGCAAAGAUCUGAUCACUACUACUUAAAUUACUUCACAGCAGAACAAAUAUUCUAUCUUUGCAGUGUUUUAACUUCAACAAAUAUGAAUACAGAAAUAGAGGACAAAGCAUUGAUGAUGCUGUCUUUCAUCAAACCAAACUGCACAACAUCUGAUGUCAGGAGUACAUGGAGAAGGUUUCACAAUCAAUAUCAACCUGGCAAAAGGGAAAAUGAAGACAGUGAUUUGUCUACAGCCAGUGUUCAGCAUUUUCUACCUGAUGACCCAGCAGAAGAGGCAGAUCAGAGCAUUGAUUUGAAAAAACUGGAAGACUUGUGGAAUGACUACAUGAAGAAUGAAGGAAUAUUUUUCCAUGACCUUUUGGACAUAAGGAGUUUAGGGGGUCUGUUAGAACUGAUGACUGUCACAGAAAACCCAUGUCAGAAUGAAUUGGAAGAACCAAUGCUGUCAGAGACAAAAGACAGUUCACUGAGAAGGAAGCUCCCCAAAGGCCUUUUGUCAAAACAGCCUAAUCUCCUAAUCUGCCCACACAAUGAUGUCUUAACUUCUUGCAUCUCCUUGUACAUGACCAGUGACUAUGAACCACUGCCAAGUUACGACGAGGUUCUCUUGUGUACCCCUGCAACGUCUUGUGAGCAAGUAGAACUUUUCCUGAGGAGAUGCCUGACACCAGGUGACACUGGCAAGAAGAUUUACACGAUGCUUUGGGCAGACCAACUUACCUAUGAUGUUAGCUGUGCAAUGGAGAAAUGUUUUCAGAAGCUGCAGUCCCUAUUGCAAUGUGAUUACAGGCUGGUGAUCUUUUGCAGCUCAGACAGGGAGCACACUUACAUUCCUACUGCAUUCAGUCAGUUCAAAAGAAACUUUGUGCCACAAGAGCCAUUGGAACGCAUCCAGAAGUACUUGUCCAGGCAUUACACUGUCACAUCAGAUCACAAGAAUGCUGUGUUCAAAGGUGGCCAUUCUGUUGGUAUUGUUGCUUCCAGUCGUGCGGGAGUAGGGAAGUCAUUGUAUGUCCAAAGACUGUAUGAGAAGUUGGAGGGAAGUGUUGAACAAGGAACUGCAUUUAUGAAGUGCAUCCGACUAACAGAACACGAGGUUGAUGACCACAAGAUUCUCCAGUCUUUGUAUGACACACCAAAACAAAAAGAUGUCAAGGUGUUUCACUUUGAUGUCACAUCCUCGGUGCAAAAAGGUUUGAAUGAAUUCUUAUUCAAGCUUUUCUUUCUGGGGUACCUGAUGGAUUCAGAUGGACAGAUGUAUCACUGCAGUCACAAACACUUGUAUGUUGUUGAGUUACUGGAAUCCAUAAAAGAUCAGACCAAAUAUGCUGCCAGAUCGGAAAACUUUGCCUUCUCAGAUGUUUUCCCAAAGGUGUUUUGUCGUCCACCAAAAGAAGUUAUGGCAUUGGAGAUGCGGAGAGAGGAACGUUCAAACAUGGAGCAUGAUGACCCUCUCAUGGAUGAUGAAUGUUUCAGAAGUGAAGCUUAUCAAAGACCAUACCAGUACCUCACACGGUUUCACAACAAUGACAAUCUCGACAACUUCAAUUACCAAGGUGUUGAAGGAACACAUGCGGAGUGUCUUCAGAUAUUCUUGCUCUACUGUGGCAUAAUGGACCCAUCGUGGGCGGAGCUACGUAACUUUGUCUGGUUUCUUAAUCUUCAGUUGCAAGACUGCGAGAAUUCAGUCUUUUGCAACUCUGAGUUUGUUGGAGACACUCUCCAUGGGUUCAAAAACUUUGUGGUUAAGUUCAUGAUCUUGAUGUCCAAAGACUUUGCAACCCCAUCACUAAGCAUCACUGACCAGAGCCCAGGGAGGCAACAAAUUGACAUCGGUGAGCUCAACGAAAAAGACUUGGCUCCAUUCCUCAUUAGGAAAAGAUGGGAAUCGAAGCCACAUCCAUACAUCUUUUUCAAUGAUGACCACACAUCCAUGACAUUCAUUGGAUUUCACUUGAGGCUCAAUGACCGGAAUGGAGUUGAUGCCAUAAAUCCAUUGACGAAAGAAGUGAUACAGGAAAACAUCAUGACCCAAGAGCUGUACACUGGCUUAAAGCUUCAGAGAGUCCCUUUUAAUAUGGACUUUGAUCAGCUUCCUCGAGCUGACAAGAUUGAGCAUCUCUGCAGUGUGCUUGGCAUCAAGUGGCCAACAGAUCCUGAUGAAACAUAUGAACUGACCACAGACAAUAUCCUCAAAAUGAUGGCAAUUCAUAUGAGGUUUAGAUGUGGCAUCCCAGUUAUCAUAAUGGGAGAAACAGGAUGUGGGAAGACGAGGCUCAUAAAGUUUAUGUGUGAAUUGAGAAGAUGUGGAGCGCCGGCAGAAAACUUGAAGCUGGUCAAGGUUCAUGGAGGGACUACAUCAGAUAUGAUCUAUGAGAAAGUGAAGGAAGCUGAAACUCUUGCAAGAACCAAUACAGAAAAACACCAAUUUGACUCUGUUCUAUUCUUUGAUGAGGCAAACACCACAGAAGCCAUUAGCAGCAUUAAGGAGAUCCUUUGUGAUAAGUCAGUGCAGGGACAAGAGCUUGGCUCUGAAACAGGGCUACAGGUUAUUGCUGCAUGCAACCCUUACAGAAAACAUACAGACAAAAUGAUUGAGAGGUUGGAAGCAUCUGGACUGGGUUACCGAGUCCGGGCUCAAGACGCUGAAGACAGACUUGGCUCCAUCCCUCUCCGCCAGCUUGUGUAUCGUGUUCAUGUGUUACCACCCAGCAUGAUACCUCUUGUUUGGGAUUUUGGGCAACUCAAUGACUCAACAGAGCAAAUGUACAUUGAACAAAUCGUCUUAAGACAGGCAAAGAGCAGCUUGAUAAACAAGCGCUAUAUUCCAACCAUAACGCAAGUGUUAUCGUCAUCACAAAGGUUCAUGAGGGAGAAGAAAGAUGAAUGCAGCUUUGUCAGCUUGAGGGAUGUAGAACGCUGCAUGCAAGUAUUUGUGUGGUUCCACAAAAAUCACCACAUGUUUGCUCAUGAUCUCCAACACUUUCUUCAGCAGUCUCAGAGGAAAAGAAAAAAGUCACAGUUUUCACCUGCAAGUGACAGAGUGAUCUGGUCACUCUUGAUGGCCACUGGAGUGUGCUAUCAGUCCUGCUUGGAGAGCAAAGGCCAGUAUCAGAGAACUAUCAGCCAAUUUUUUCCUCGUGAGUACAAUCCACAGAGAAUACAACAGGAAAUCCAACUCAUGCAGGACCUUCUACUCAGUGGUGUACCCAUGGGUAAGACAAUAGCCAGAAACGAGGCUUUAAAAGAGAACUUUUUCAUGAUGGUGAUCUGUAUUGAGCUAAGAAUCCCCCUGUUUAUUGUUGGAAAACCAGGGAGCUCCAAAUCGCUUUCGAAAACACUAGUUGCAGAUGCAAUGCAGGGCCCUACAUCACAUUCAGACCUCUACAAGAGGCUAAAGCAGAUACAUCUGGUGUCUUUCCAGUGCAGCCCUCAUUCAACUUCUGAAGGAAUCAUUAACACAUUCAAGCAAUGUGCACGCUUUCAAGAAAGCAAAAACUUGGAUGAAUACAUCUCGGUAGUUGUUCUUGAUGAGAUUGGACUGGCUGAGGAUUCCCCAAAAAUGCCACUGAAAGCGUUGCACCCAUUGCUGGAAGAAGGCUGUGUUGAUGAUGAGCCACAACCUCAUAAAAGAGUUGGGUUCAUUGGAAUUUCCAACUGGGCUCUAGACCCUGCCAAGAUGAAUCGGGGAAUUUUUGUAUCCCGUGGUGAUCUUAAUCAGCAAGAGCUCAUCAAAAGUGCCAAAGGGAUUUGCUCAUCUGACGACAAGGUUCUUGAAAAGAUCAAGGACCUCUUUGAACCCUUUGCAAAUGCAUAUAUGACAGUAUGCGAAGAAGCCAAAGGAUUUUUCGGUCUGCGGGAUUUCUACAGUCUGAUAAAAAUGGUAUUUUCAAUUACCAAAAUGUCUAACGAGUGUCCUACUGCAGAUCAAAUCACUGGAGCAGUCCUGAGAAACUUCAGCGGAAAAGAUGAUGUGAAUGUGAUUGACAUCUUCAGCAAAGAGCUCAGAGAUGUUUUUGCCAACGCCACCAUCACUACCAUUGAUAUGGUUGAGCAAAGCAUCUUUCCAGCUUCCCAAACGGAGGAAAGUCGCUACCUUUUAAUCCUCACCAAAAACUAUGCAGCUCUUCAGAUUCUCCAGCAAAUUUUCUACUCUCGUGAAAUCCAUCCAGAGGUGAUCUUUGGGUCUAGUUUUCCAAAGGAUCAGGAGUACACGCAGAUUUGUAGGAACAUCAAUCGUAUCAAGGUGUGCAUGGAAACUGGACAGACAGUUGUGCUUCUGAACCUUCAGAAUCUGUAUGAAAGUCUGUAUGAUGCUCUCAAUCAAUACUAUGUGACACUAGGUGGUCAAAAGUAUGUUGAUCUUGGAUUAGGAACACAUCGUGUGAAAUGCAGAGUUCACCCAGACUUCAGGCUCAUCGUCAUUGAAGAAAAAGAAGUGGUCUACGAGCAGUUUCCAAUCCCACUGAUUAACAGAAUGGAGAAACACUACCUUGACAUCAGCACUGUCUUAAAAAGUGAACAGAAGGACAUUGCCAAACAACUCAAGGAAUGGGUCAAUGAUUUUGUCUCUUUGAGCAGUCAAGACUCCACAAAACAGAAGUAUGUUCCAAAUGAUGUCUUCAUUGGCUACCAUUCGGACACAUGCUCCUCUGUGGUCCUGCAAGUAACAGAGACUCGAAGCAAUGACACAGAUGCGCAGGUCAAACUUGGCAAAGCCAAAGACAUUCUGCUCAGCUGUGCCACUCCUGACUCAGUUGUCCGUUUGGGUAAAUCCAAACUGCCAGAUGAGGAAAGAGAACAUUUAAUCAAAGAAUAUGUUAAAGAGACGAUGCACAGCUCACUGGGAGACUACAUUGUCUAUCACACACAUCAGUUGGACCAGUCAAGCUUCUUCCUUACUGAGGUUACUACAUUUUCCAGACUACUGACUUCAGCUGACACUCAACAACUGCAGAAUGUGAUAGAGAUUGAUGCUAUCAAGCUGUUGUCACUGCAACAGUUUGACACUGAGUACUCAUUCCUCAAGAAAAUCAGGGAAUUUCUUGGCUCAACACGUGCAGACAAAGUGCUCAUUAUCCAAACCGAGUAUGAUGAAGACUUCCACAGAAGGAAUAUUCUGUCGUCAGCCAAACUUAUUUGUGGCCUGCCCAUGCAGAAAGGCAAAUGUCUGGAGUGUGGCGAGGAAGUUGGAGGCGAACAGCAUGUGGCCUUGCCAGGUUUCAGACCAGUUCAGCUGCAGCAGGAUCGCACAAGACCUGGCCAUAUCUUAGGAGACCCUCAGCGGAGAAACAACCCAGAUGCACUUGACACCAAAAACAUGUCUUUGACUCCCUUCACUCUGGUCAGGCUGGUGACACAUUUGGCCAUGUUACUAGGAGCCUCAGAGAAGUCCCAGUUUGUCCAGCAGAUCGUCCAGCCACCUGUGCAGGAUGUUUGUGUGUUUGUCAGCUUGCACAUAAUGAAGGACGUGGAUCAGCUGACAGAGGCGCUGGGAAAAGGAGCUGACGAUACUAUUACAACUGUCCAUUUGGUGCUCAGAUCCCUGCAAGAGCUACUGCAGCACAGUCAUUCUGAUGUUGAUCCUUACCUUGCAACCAAACAAUCCAGAAACUCCUGGGAAACCACUGUUGCUACAGAUAUCAUGACCCCCAAGUUAAAGGAUCUUGAUCAGCUCCUGCAGGAAGCAAAAGACGGCAUCAGAACUGACUCCCGUGUGUCUUCCAACUUCAUCAUGAGGACAGUCUUCGGUGAUGAUUGUACUUUCCUCACGUCCCUGCAGCAGGACUCUCAGGUCCACAGCUCAGCAGUGUGGAGCUGCAGGGAGAGGCUCUCAUUGCUCAGUCUCACACACAUUGUGGAGCAUAAUGAUCAAAAGGAGGAGCUGCCGCUGCUCUGGAGGUUCCUUCAGAAGGAGAGAGAAUUUCGCCAGAUUAAGUUCCUUCCAGUAAUUCUCAUCCUGCAGAAACGUUUGGUGAGAAAGUACCAGAACGCAUCUGAACAGAUCGUGGGUUCCAUCAGAGAGUUCAUUGAGAAACAAACGGAAAUGAAGACAUGGUAUGAAAAACACAUUGGCAUUUUCCUGAAAACAUGGAAUCUGCUAAGAGUGUCUGUAACCAGCAGCGAGAUGAAAAUCCCAGAUGAAUUCUGCAGUGAGGAUUUGGACCUGAGCAGCAACCUGCAGUACCUCCUGCCCCGGCGGCAGGGUCCAGGCCUGUGUGCCACGGCACUGGUCAGCUACCUGGUGGCGCUACACAAUGAGCUGGUGCGCGCUGUGGACAAUCACACUGGAGAGGACAGCAGCAAGUACAAGGUGAGUUUGGCUGAGCUCAUGGAGCCGCAUGUGAUCCACUAUGACGUGGAGAAGGACCUGCUCCCUCUGGUUUUAUCCAACUGCCAGUACAGCUUAGAACGUGGCCAUGAGACGAUAUCACAGUUUGACCUGGACAGAAUCCAGCGGCAGAUCCUCACCCGCUUCCUACAAGGAAAACCUGUCAUAACCCGAACAGGAAUUCCCACUCUGGUCAACACUCAAGAAAGGGACUAUGAAACCGUUUUCAACACUCUUAAAGGAAAAGUACCUCAGGUCCUCCUGUCCUCUCUGACCAGAAACGCAGUGUCCAGAGCACUAGACUCCUACAGCGAGGUGUGUGAGGCACUAAAGAUCGUGGAGCUCCUCCUGGGUUUCCUGUCCAUGACUGGUGGAGAUCCCACCAUGACACUGGUCACUUACCUGCAGGACACACUGAAGAUGGCCCAAAACAUUGAUCGUAACAUAUUACACGCUCUGGGCAGAUGCAGCCUCACACACUGUGUUUCUCUGUGGCAGCUCCUCUCCUCCCUCAAAUCUGAAGCCAUGCUGCGUCUAAAGCGGGAGCCCUUUUCAGGGCAUCCAACUGAAUACCAGAUGCCACUGACAGAAGACGACAAGAUCAAGCUUAAAGGCUUCAUUUCUGAGGGAAAUGUGGACCAGUGGCUGCUUGAGAUGCACGAGUUCCUCCUGUUGGUUCUAGGCCGCCUGCGAGCUACAGACGACUACAGUCCAUCCUGGAGCGUGAAAGAGUCGGUGGCUGCCUACAUGGACCGUAAAGAAGUGGAGGUGUCACGUUACGUUGAAGAAAACUUCCCUGAAAACCUGCAGCUCUCCCAAAUCGUGGAAACCUGGAAGUACGCCGUCACAGCCAAGCAGGACUGGGUGAUGGAGGGCUGAACUGAGUCUAUAGAGGUUUUAGUCUAAACGCUGUUAUCAUGAAACCUUUUAGAGCUGAAGGAAGAUUUUACUUAAUAAUAAUAAUUCUGUAAUCAUGUUUGUCUUUUAGGCUCAGGAAAACCAACAAAGCACAGCAUCAUGAGUGAGCAUUUAUUACUUUUAUCAAUGUAGAAAACGUUUAGCUGAGUCAUGUUUAGUAUUAGAAAUUCUGCUGAUCGACUAAAAACAAGGUAUUUGACUUUGAUCAGCAUUUCCUGUUUGUGUUUUUACUGUUACAACCACAUUCUAAUUAUUUGGUUAAAAAUAUUAAAAUCUGCACGGUGGUAUGAUAAAGUAGUACAGAGAAAAGUGGAACAGCACAUUUUGCUUCUUUUUUUUUUUUAGUUUUUUUUCCGAACACUUCAAAGUUCUGUGUUUAGCUGCAUUGCUGUUCUAGUUUGAAAUAAGAGAUGAUGUUCAUUUAUCUUUGAUUUAUCAGAUUUGUAUGCUUUUUUUGUUAAGACAUUUGAGAUCAGUGACUCCAGAAACAUGGAAUAGAAGUCUUUGAGUUUAUAAAGAAUUUAGUUGUCAGUUUAUCUUGGAUCAUAAACCAAAGGAUGAUUUCACUUUUUAUUCUUAUUUUUUGAAGUUUCAGUGUUUUUUUGUUGUUGUUGUUGUUUAUUGAUCUGAGUCUUAUUUAGUAAAAAAAAAACCUCAGGAUCUACUCAGAAUAACAUUUGUUUGACCUUGAUAAGCAUUUACUUUGUGAUUGUUUUAUAUACAUUUAAGGAUAUUACAUUUAUUUACAACCAAAAUCUAAUUAUUUGGGUUAAUGAAUCAGCACGAUGGUACAAUAGUCUGGUACAGAGGAAAAAAUUGAAUAAAUUAAAUGUAAUUUAAUGUAAAUUCUGCAUUUUAUUUUCAUUUUUCUUCCAAAUGACUUUGUUCGGUUAGUUGCAUUGAUGUGAUCGACAUGUUUGUAAAAACACAACUGUUGGUUUGAAAUAAGAGAUGGCAUUUAUUUAGUGUUGAUUUUGUUUGUUUGUUGAAUCUGGUCAUGUAAGUGUCUGUGAGUUUAAAGAGAAUUCAGUUGUCAUUUUGGAAAUCAAAAACAGGUAAGCACAGCAGAACAGAUUUAACACAGGUGCUUGAUGCAUUUGUCAAGAGUGAGCUGCUCAGGAACAUUUUUUUUCGUAUAUUAAAGAUUAAUCUGAGCCUGAUUCAGUAGAAAAUCUCAGGAUUUACUUCGCACAUAUGUUGCUUGACUUUGACAAGGAUUUACUGUGUGACUGUUUGUGUUCAUUUAAAGACAAUACUUCUGUUGUCUUGAGGUUUAUUUUACUUUUUGCCACCACAAUCUAAUUAUUAGGUGAGUGAAUCUGCAUGGUGGUACGGUAAACUAGUACAGGGGGAAAGUACUACUGCAAGUCUUGCUUUAUUUUUUACAUUUUUUAUUCACUUUGAAGUAUUUUGUUUAGUUGCACUGAUGUGAAAGAUAUGUUUGCAAAAAAAAAUCACUGCUGUGAAUUAAGAGACGAUGCCAUUUAGCUUUGGAAACGUGGAUGAAAGUGUGAGUUUGUUUCCGUUUAUCUCUGAUGAUACAUUAGAAACCAAAGGAGAUUUAACUUGAUUAUUUUUGGUGUGGGGUUUUACAGAUUUUUCUGACAAUUAUGUAUGAAGAAGAAUAAAACAAUAAAACCUG